UGACGAUUCAUGGUUUGAUCGCGCAGACAGACGGACACAGUUUCGCCGCUCCCAAUUCGAACAUUGUUCGUCGGUUCUGUAAUAUCUGCUCUAAGUGUUACGUCUGAUACAAAAAUGACAGUCCAGUGGCGUUAUCGUCUUAUAUAAUACGAUACAAAUGGGUAAGAUUCACUGGCGCUCGUUACGUAGUGCCAGGAAUGGUCUCAGUCGGCAAGGAUCUGGACGGAUUGACUCUUGUUGUCGGUCGUGCUUUUCAUCACGGCGAUAUGCUCCCCGCGAAGGUGAAGCCCGAACAUGGCGUCGCUUACGUCUGUCACCUUGGACAGGAACAUAUAAAACACGAUUUCGAGAUUCUGUUGCCAGCUGAUUUUAACUGGACCCGAGCUUCACAUGGCCACGUUCCCGAAAACGCAGUCGAAGCUGGAAGAACAGUCGAAGGAGAGAUGCUUUAUGUUGGUCGUACAUGGCACAGGGGUGCGCCAUGUGUCGGAAAGGUGCAUAGAUCUCACGGUGUACUAUAUGUGCCCUUCGAUGGAAAGGAAAUCUCGUUUAGGGAAUAUGAAGUUUUGGUACAAAAUUAGUAUUGAGUAAAUACAUACCUCGUAUAUUUAUUUAAACAUCAUGGAAAUUAUGUUCAAGCUACAGUCUUUUUUAAAUGUAGUUGACAGACUAUAAAUCAUUAUACAAAUUUUCCCAUCUUUAUAGAUUAUUUUGUCAGAAAUAGAAUAAGAGAAAAAUGUCUUCAUCGAUUAAAAGAUUUCUUCCCAUAAAAAUGAAAUCAAAUUAUUAUUUUUGUUAACACGCACGUUUUAUUGUAAUUUACAAA